GACACUGGUUGUACUGGGGGGCGGUGCCGGUCCCCACCGCGCAGGCGCAGCCAUGGCCGAGCCGCUCCGUGUGUCUGUGCUCUAUUGCGGGGCCUGAGGUUACAGCCCCAAGUUCCAACAGCUCAAGCGGGAGCUGGAGAGGCGCUUCCCGGGGCUCCUGGAGGUGACCGGUGAGGGCACGCGGGAGGUGACGGGAUGGUUUGAAGUGACUGUGGGCGGGCGCCUCGUCCACUCCAAAAAGAAUGGCGAUGGCUUCGUCGACAGCGACGCCAAACUCCAAAAGAUCGUGGCUGCCAUUAAAUCCCGCCUGGCGUAGCCACCGCCCUCCGCUCCGGCAUCCUUAGGGAAGCUGCGGCACCACUUUCCCCCUCCGGCAUCUCCGCCGCCAUCCGCGUCCCUGGUGCCGGCCAAGUGCUCCAUGACGGGAUUGGCUGAAACGCCUGUCGGCACGAGGCCAUUCCCAGAUGCUUCCGCGCGGCGUCGCCGGCACGAGGGCGGCUGAUGGCGUCGAGCAUCAUCUCCCGCCCGGAUCCUUUCCCUCCGCACCAAACGCCUUCGCCGAUUUCUGGAUGCGCCGAGUCUUGUUUGGGGCAUUUUCAUCCCAGCUGAGAGCGUUCGCUGAGCCUGUGGGGUGAAAAGAGGGAAAAAUGGGUGAAAAGAGGGAAAAACGGGUGAAAAGAGGGAAAAACGGGUGAAAAGUAGGGGAAAAACAUUAAAAAUACGGAGGGGAAAGCUUAAAAAAUAGGAGAAAAGCUUAAAGAGAGGGGGGAAGUGUAAAAAAAAUAGGGGAAAGGGUCAAAAAGUAGGGGAAAAGGGUUGAAAAUAGGGAAAAACGGUUGAAAAAUAGAGGGAAAGAGCUAAAAAAUUGGGGGCGAAGCUUAAAAAAUAGGGGCAAAGGUCAGUAAAUAGGGGAGAAAUGGUCAAAAAGGGAAAUGGUUGGAAAUAGGGAAAGCUUGUUGAAAGGGGAAGAAAGUUAAAGUGUUGGGGGGAAGCUCAAAAAGUAGGGAAAAAGCUUAAAAAAAUAGGGGAAAAGCUUUAAAAAUAGGGGGAAAGUGUAAAAAUAGGGAAAAAGCUAAAAUAAUAGGGGAAAUGGUCAAAAAGUAAAGGCAAGCAGUUGAAAAAUAGGGGAAAGUGGUUGGAAAAUAGGGGGAUAAGCUUAAAAAGUAGGGGGAAAAAUAGGGGAGAAGGUCAAAAACUGGGGGGAAAAGUCAAAAAAAUAAAGGAAAAGGUCAAAAAGUAAAGGAAAGAGGUGGAAAAGUUGGGGGAAAGGGUUGCGAAAUAGGGGGAAAUGUUGGGAAAGAAGGGAAAAAAGUCUUAAAUCUGGAAUAAUUCUACAGGGAUUGAAUUGUUUUGCCCUCUCUUCCCUCCAAGUCGCAGCGCUCCGUUGCCUUCUGGAAUUUUCGUGGCUCAGUGGUCUUUCUUGGAAUAAAGUUAUGGGAAAUUUGAGCCGUU